CACCUCAUACCUAUACUCCUCCAUCUCCACCAUUAUCAAACAUUGUUGACGCCCAAAAGGAACCUGUAACUUCUUCAUUUAUUAUCCUUUGUUUUUAUUCCUCCCUUCCAUCUAUAUAAACCAAUACUGAGUUUUCUCCUUUCCCAUCUACUGCUUAAUUAUUCGAUCCAUCGAACAAACAAUCAACAUGAAGAACUUUGUUCUGCUUGCUUUCUCUGUGGCUCUGCUUCUGGGAGUCACAGAGAGUUUCGAUUUCCACAACAAGGAUUUGGCAUCUGAGGAAAGCCUGUGGGACUUCUACGAGAGGUGGAGAAGCCAUCACACGGUUUCCAGGAGCCUAGACGAGAAGCACAAACGCUUCAAUGUGUUCAAACAAAAUGUCAUGCACGUGCAUAACACCAACAAGAUGGAUAAGCCUUACAAGCUCAAGCUCAAUAAGUUUGCUGACCUCACCAACCAUGAAUUCAGAAACAAUUACGCCAGUUCCAAUAUCAAGCAUCACAGGAUGUUCCGAGGAGCCCCACGACGAAGUACCGGUAGCUUUAUGUACGCCAACGUACGAAGUGUUCCUCCAUCUGUUGAUUGGAGGAAGAAAGGCGCGGUCACCCCUGUCAAGGACCAAGGCCAAUGCGGUAGCUGCUGGGCAUUUUCAACUGUUGUAGCGGUGGAGGGUAUCAAUCAGAUUAAAACAAAUGAAUUGGUAUCUCUAUCUGAGCAAGAGUUGGUGGAUUGUGACACUGAACAGAACCAGGGAUGCAACGGAGGCUUGAUGGAACUUGCCUUUGGUUUCAUUACUAAAGAGGGAGGCAUCACAACAGAAACUAAUUACCCUUAUUCAGCUGUUAACGGAACUUGUGAUGUUUCCAAGAAGAAUUCUCCAGCUGUAUCAAUCGAUGGGCAUGAGACUGUGCCUGCCAAUGAUGAGGAGGCACUGGUCAAGGCCGCUGCAAACCAGCCAGUGUCAGUUGCAAUAGAUGCUGGAGGUUCAGAUUUCCAGUUCUACUCAGAGGGAGUGUUUACCGGAAGCUGUGGCACAGAGCUGAAUCAUGGGGUUGCAGUUGUGGGAUAUGGGACAACUCUUGAUGGAACCAAGUAUUGGAUAGUCAAAAACUCCUGGGGAGCUGAAUGGGGAGAGAAGGGUUUCAUAAGGCUGCAGCGCGGCAUCCAGGACAAGGAGGGUCUCUGCGGUAUAGCUAUGGAGGCUUCAUAUCCUGUUAAGAACUCCUCCAAUCCUAUUCCAUCUUCAUACACCCCCAAGGAUGAACUCUAAGCAAAGCAAUGUUGAUAAAUUGGUUCCAGCUCUGCUAUUGGUCUGAGCU